CGAUGCCAAGGUGUGACACUGAGCAUGCGAUGCUUGGGUAUAUUUACGAGAACACAACGCUGUAAGCUUUAUUCACUUCUUGCUCGGCAACCUAGUUGGACAUCUCAAUUGCUUUUGUGAACAUUUUACUGUUUUCAGGUAAGUUGUAAGCAGGUUGUAUGCGACAGUUUUAGGCAAAACUCAAAAGUUGUACAUGCAGUGUAACAGUAAAUCGGCCUUUAUGCAUGACCAUUAUAUAUAUUGGACCAUUAAAGUAUUUUGCUAGCCCUAAAUCAAUCUACGAGAGUUAAAAUUCUCGUAAUGUCCGCGAUCGAGGGAUGCAUAUUAUCGUACAAGAAAAUGUUUUGCUUACGAAUCGUUGCGAAGGAUUUUGGAUUUUUUUGCCAGAUUUUAAUUGAAAGAUGUUUCUGGCAAGAUUUUACCAUUUUGAAGAGCUUGUGCAUAUACGGAAAGAGUUUUUCGCACUUUAAAUCGGGAAUUCUAUAUAGGCCUAUAUACUGCAGUAAAUUCAUAUUCUGGAAAAUAAUUACUAUAUAUAAUCUACAAUUUUACGACUUGUUUUGUAGUAAACGACGAUGAAGCCUAUCGCUGCUUUGGCAAGCUUGAUCCUUCUUGCUCAGAUAAUGAGCAUCAAUGCAGUUUACACCAAACUUGAUGCGACAUUUGGAAAGCAAUGUCCAGCUGGUAUGAUCGGCUAAAUAUUAUUUUUUUAAUCUCACCUAAAUAUAUACCCAUGUUUUUGGGCCUGUUUUUGUUAGCCAUGCAGUAAUCACAUUAUAUAUAGGUAUAUAUAGGGUUACCCAUGCACCAGGCGGGUCAUGUUUUAUUCGCCUUAUACAAAGCCAAAGGUUUAAAUUAAAUAACAUAAUUUAACGGAAUCGACAUGUUACGCGUGGCGGUUGAGAAACACAAAAUAAUAGUUAAAUAUUGUCAAUUUAAAUGAAAAGUGUUCAAAACCUAAACUUUUUUUGCUCUCAAAAUUCGCUCCUCUCAAAAUGACUUUGUUUUAGCUUUACAUUAUAUAUAGUUUAUACAAUUAGCAACCUUUUUGAACAUAUCUGGUCAAUUGAAAUAAAAUUAUUAUUGAUGCUGUAAAACUGACACCACAUUUAUCACAGCAAUAUAUAUAAGCAAAACUUACUGAACUUUGCUCUUUAUAGACCGGUUGUUUUCUCUUUGGCGAUCUAAAAUUUCUUUAUUUUAGCAUAAUUCGCAGGUAAAGCAGUAUAAGCAUACACUGUAUAUACUGUUGUUGUUAUACAUUAUUGUUCGCCGCUUGCGGGACGUAUCGAAAAUUACAAAAAUUGAAUUAUACAAAAAUUAAUAAUACACAAAAGAUUCUCCUCCUAAAAUACGAAAUUUGUGAGACUAUGGACAAAUUACCACUUAUUUAGAAACUCUAUACUAACAUUUUAACACACUAUGCAAUAGCGCUAGCGCGUAACGCACUUUGAAGAUAGGCUAGAUAGCACAUCUAUAUGAAUCUAUAAGUCAUGAAAUAAACAUGGGUUGGUUAAAUUUGGAAAAAAAUUAGAUGAUAAAUUAGCAAAAGCUUGACUUUCUUUGUCUGGCGGGGUAACUGGUUAAUUGUAUAAUUUGUACAUACAAUCUCAAAGCCUUUAUGUAUAGCUACAACUUUAAAAAUACACUGACAGACCUGCCAAGUCUCACGAUUUAAUCGCGAGACUCACGAUUUUUGAUGCUUUCUCACGAUCUCACGAUUAAGUCCCCAAAUCUCACGAUUUUCGGAACUUAUGAAAUCAUCGAAGAGCGCAACUUCUAGUUACAAUAAGGCACACUCGGCAAGGAAACAUCACACUUUAUUCAGUGUAUUAAUAAUGCGCAAUGUACAAUUGCGUGAAUGACCUGACAAUGCGUGAUGUUUGUGUUACAAAGUAAAAGGCGCGUCCUGCUAAGUUUAUUGUCCUGCUUAAUAUUCACUCGUAGUUUUCUUGUUUUUGUACAGAUAUUGCGUUAUAUUUCCAAGGAACUCGUACUGACACUGGAAGCUACUAAAGCCAUAAAGAAAAAACAGCCUAUUUUUAAUAAGCCUUGCUUUUACGGUUAUAUUAACAAAAUGAUAAAUGCAUACUAUCAUAAGAUUGAACCCUCAACCCUGGUCAUAUUAAUGAGCAAGUCUCACGACUUUCUAGAUGGCAACUCACUAUUUCUGCCAAGGAUUGGCAGGUCUGCACUGAAAUACUAUGUGAUCUUACAUCACACGUUUCCCUCUCACUUUAUAUAAAUUAUUCUGUAGGUUCUGGUAUGACAAAAAUAGUAAGCUACUACAGCAGUGGUUACAAAGACCGCACAUGGGCUUUCUACUGCAGAAAAGACUCGAAAGUUACAAGCAUCUGUCAUUGGUCGAGUUGGUUAAAUUGGUACGAGAGCGAAUUACUGUACCAAUGCCCAUCUGGGGUUCUCACAGGUAAUGUACAAAGUAACCGUCCCUAACUAUACAGCUAUAAGUCAUAUUAUGUCUUGUAAUUGCCAGCGAUUUUAGCCCCCCACUAAGUGAUCUAAACUGAUCAAAACCACUGAAGGACUAACAACUUGUUGGAGUAUUCUUGUCGCCCAUUUUCUACCCGAAAGUGUAUAGAAAUACAGUUUUCGAGCCUCAAUUUUUUAAAUGGUAGGAAAAAUGUGCAUGUGUUUAUAACGAUCUGUUCGACACUGCGAUUUGCGACGAUUGUAUAUAGUCUAUAGCAACAUUGUUUCUGGUUGAAUAAUUUAGCCAGUAGUCAGUUUUCUGAUUGCGUCGAAUGCAAUGAUUCGGACAACGAAGCUUAAGCCUAGUUUCCAUUUGGUCGUUAGUUGUCGCUAGCACGACAAGUGGCUGAUGUAAUAGAGUGUCAACAAAACUUUAUAAAACUCUGUAAUCAUUAAGAUUAGUAAGACUGAUUUGCAUAUAACACACAAAAAGACUAUUAGACUAUUUCACAUCUACCGCUUGUCGUGCCAGCGACAACUAACGACCAAAUGGAAACUAGGCUUUAAUGAGGUUUAUUAUCUCAUUAUCUAUUCAGUCUUAAUUAUAUUCGACGCGACCAAAAUUCGACGUAUAAAACUUGGCCUAACAUUUCAUGAUUUUCAUUCAUCAGGUGUGUACUCGACCCAUAACAAUUAUUACCAAGACAGAAGAUUUCGAUUCAGAUGUUGCCAGACUAAAAAAGUUUGUCAAUACAAUUGCCGUUGGACUAGUUACGUCAAUACCUUCAAAGGCCGGAAAAACUAUAUGGUACCAUAUGGCUAUUUUAUCACUGGGGCAAAAAGUCAUCACAACGACCGCCACGAGUAAGUUCAACAUUCAUAAUUCUUCCCAGGAGGUUUUGAUUUCAUCUUGGGCGCGAUUAUAAGUGUUGCAAUUAAUGUUGUUAGACUUUCGCAAAGAGGGCUUCGCGACUUCAUCAUAGUACGCGAUUCAACUUAGUAAUAGCUGAAGUCGAUUUGGGAAAAGUCUACAUUGUUGUGAAUAAGUGUGAUACUUUUUCGAGGGCGGUGUUUUUUUAUUAAUAAUUUUGCUGUCAUAUGCAGUGCUUAUCCGGGAACUGAGUUAACCGAAUAAAUUCGGUACUGGUUGGGUCUGAGUUAGCCUCCUCCGCAGGCAACUCUUGUGGCAUCCCAAGUGGCAAACGUUUGAAAAAUCCCCAUCCAAAAAAGCAAUAUUGUCACGAACGGCGAAUUAAUGCUGUUUUGGCCGAGUAGUAAUAAAAUUCCCCUUAAUUUUAUUACUACUCGGCCAAAACAACAUUAAUUUGCCGUUCGCGACAUGUGCAGUAUUGCUCUUUUUGGAUGGGGAUUUUUCAAACGUUUGCCAUUUGGGUUGUCACAAGAGUUGCCUGCGGAGGAGGCUAGGUUUGAGUGGGCGUUAUACUCAUUAUAUAUGACAUCAUCGUCACCUCUCUUUCGUAUUUUUUUAGGGACAGAGUAUGGCGAUUCUUGAUAUGUCGUUUUCAAUAAGAGUCCUUGAUUAAUGAAAUCCUGAAGGCCAAGCAACCACUGACCAUUUUCUAUGUUUUACUUACUUUUCUAUCUUUUAUAUAUGAAUUGUUGAUUAAAGCAAAUUGCUGCAUACUCAUUUUUUUCUUAUUGAUGUAAUUUGAAUGAACGUUUAUGUAUUUGUAAUAAUGAUUAAUGAUCUUUCUUUCAUGUUUACGAGUAAUGAAUUGAAAUAAAAAGCAAUAAAUUCCAUUCAUCGUGUAGCUAC